CGUAGACAGAGAAACUAAUAGACUAAAUAAUGUUUUUUGUUUCAUUCGCACUAGAAAGAGAUAAGCCAACACAGAAACCGUAAGAAAAAAGGGGAUAGCAUUAUCUUUUUUUUGUCCUUGUCGCUGUAACCUGUUUUUUACCUGACCACAAAACGUCAAAAUGACAGUCUGUGUGCAAACAUUUAACUGAUUCUGCGUUUUUACUCUAAAUAAAUACUUAUUAGUGUUUCUUAGCUUCCAAGUACAUUUUUUUUGGACAAAAUCAAUAGCGUAAUAAUAACAAUGCCAGUAUGUAGUGUUUUAGGGUGUGAAAACAGAACAUAUCGAAGCAGUCCGGGUACAUCCUAUCACAGGUUUCCACUUCAAGAACGUGAACGCACUGGUUGGGUUAAAGCAUAUGGAAGAACAAACUGGGAACCGCCUAAAAGUGCUGUAAUAUGCUCUAAGCAUUUUGAUGACAACUUCUUUAUUAAACAUGGAGAUAGAACAAGUCUAAAGCUGGACGCUGUCCCAACCAAGUUCUGUCAUUUGGAAAAUGUUUCUGUACCAAGUUGUUCACCAUCCUCAAUGCAACAUAGUGAAGUGAAGUUGCCGGCAUCCCUGCCAACUAUAUUUAGAAGCAGGAAAAUCCAAUUAUGCGAGGCGGAAAAUGCUUCUGUACCAAGUUGCUCGCAGUCCUCAAUUCUACAAAGUGACAUUAAAGUGACAAAAGUAACAAAAAGGAAGUUUCCGACAUCCCUAUCUAAUGCACCUAAAAGGAGAAAAAUUCAAGUAACCGAGCCAAAAGAACAUGAUUACACAGAUACGCCUCGGAAGAAAAAGUUAAAGCUUAUGCUUGAAAGAAAAAGGAUUUUGUCAGAAACUCGAUUGAAAAAACUACGUGCUGCAAAACAAGCGAACCGGCGUUUAGUAAAAAAAAAUGCUGAACUGUCUGACGUUGCUGAAUGCUGAAUCAUCUG